AUGUCCAACGAAGACCGCACCACAAAUGAUGGAGGGCGACACCAUCACCGAGAAUAUAGCGAACAUUCGGGGGCACCAUUCCCAGCCGUCACGCCGAUUCCUAGCCCGGUGAAUGAGGAAGAAGUUGAACCGUACCUCCAGCAAGGAUAUAGCGAGAGUCCCCCGCAGCAUCACAGCGGAGACUCGACUCCAGAUCCAAGCAGACCGACGAGCUCAGGUGGGACUCCACUCCCAAAACACCGAGGGAGGGUACGGUUCAACAGCAAGAGCGAAGUCAACGAUGGCACAAAUAGGAAGGCAAGAUCCCCGUUGCGAGACGAGCCCGAAUCACCUCGUAAAAUCACAAGUCCGAAGUUCCCUAGGAUGAGCCCAGCGCACUCGAGAAACAGUAGUCUCGCGAGCAAUACAGGACGUGCUCCUCAAAAAGAGAGGGAGAAUUCAUCCGCGGACUCCAGCCCAGACCAUAUCUCGAGACCAAGGCCAAGCGUGCUGAGACAGUCGAGCUAUAAUGCCGAACCAGAGCCUGUGGAAGACGAGAAUGAAAAGGUAUUUUCGGCGUUAGCAGCCCAGGAGCGUGCACAGAGGAUUGCCUCUCUGGUGGGGAGCCAUUCUGCUCCGGCAUCGAGAAGGAACAGCCUAGAAUCGGACGAGGAAGACUCACGCCCAGUGAGGCGGCCAAGCAGGCCAAGCAGAUCAGGCGGUUAUCCAGUCAAGUUUGAUGAUAUUCCAUUGAUGGACAUGGACCACGUCUCGACUUACGAGGGCAGGGCCAUCGAAGGAAGUGACCAGGAGGAAUUUGCACGUCAGGAAAAAGUACGCAAGCCAUCCAACAGCUCAGAGGCCCAUAAGUUGGUCCGAGGGCAUACGAGAAAAUCAUCGGUAAAUACAGCCGCUACAACUGGUGUGUCGUCAGGGCAAGUCACUCCAAUGAAUCACCGAGGAUAUGAGAACUAUAUACCGAGGCCACAGCAAUAUCGAGGCGGGGUUCUUGGGUCACUUUUAAAGCUUUACAACCCAUCUCAGGGUAGUCGAUCCCGGAGGGGUAGCGUUGAGACGGAUCCAGGCACGGUCACUUCUGUGGGAUCGUCAGGGAGGACAACGCCGAAGGGCAGGCCAGUUAAGUGGUACAAUCACAAAAAUCAAUCGCAAGACACAUUAUCUGGUCUUGUGGGAUCUUCCAUGGCUUUGGGGGCUCAAGGAGGUGUCCCGGUCACCAAGCCAAAACUGCCAAGCCCAGGGAAAAGGUCUUACAGUAAAAAAGCCGAAUCGGCGAAGAACAGACUUAGUUGGAAGCCCAGGCUCGAGGAUGAGAUCAGGAUUACCGUGCAUAUUGCAGAGACUAUCAGCCGGCAAAAGUACCUCAUGAAGUUAUGUCGAGCGCUCAUGAGCUAUGGUGCUCCCACUCACCGACUGGAGGAAUAUAUGAAGAUGAGUGCCCGAGUGCUCGAGAUUGAUGGCCAAUUCCUCUAUAUUCCUGGCUGUAUGAUUAUCUCCUUUGAUGAUGCAUCAACCCAUACGACCGAAGUCAAACUAGUCAGGACCGCUCAGGCUGUAGAUCUUGGAAAGCUGAAGGAUACACAUGAGAUUUACAAGGAAGUUGUUCACGAUGUUAUUGGGGUAGAAGAAGCCAUGCAGAGACUUGAGACGAUCAUGAAAGCUAGGCAGAAGAACAAUGCCUGGCUCCUGGUCCUAGUAUAUGGCUGUGCCAGUGCUUGUGUUGGACCCUUUGCUUUCCAAGCCCGAUUCAUCGACAUGCCAAUAUCAUUUAUUCUGGGCUGUUUCCUUGGAUUCCUUCAGCUUAUUGUAGCACCGGCAUCCCAGCUAUACAGUAACGUGUUUGAGAUCUCAGCUGCAGUAAUUACUUCUUUCCUUGCGCGAGCAUUUGGGUCUAUAAAGGGAGGCGACAUUUUCUGCUUCUCUGCUCUUGCACAAUCCUCGAUUGCACUCAUUCUACCGGGAUACAUGGUACUCUGCGCAUCUCUCGAGCUUCAAUCAAAAUCAAUGGUCGCCGGGUCUGUCCGGAUGGUCUAUGCAAUCAUAUAUGCUUUGUUCCUUGGUUUCGGUAUCACCAUUGGGACAGCAUUCUAUGGACUUAUGGAUAAGAACGCCACAUCAAGCACGACAUGCCAUAAUCCACCAAAUCAGUAUCUCAAAUGGGUCUUCGUGCCCCCUUUCACCCUUGCAUUAUGUAUAAUUAAUCAAGCAAAAUGGAAGCAGAUGCCCGUCAUGCUCAUCAUCUCAUUCGCGGGCUACGUCGUCAAUUUUUUCAGCGCAAGAGCGUUUCCCUCCUCAGCGCAAGUCUCCAAUGCUCUCGGUGCGUUAGCAGUCGGCGUUCUGGGAAACCUCUAUUCGCGCAUACGCCAUGGGCUCGCCGCAGCAGCUUUGCUACCCGCUAUUUUUGUUCUGGUUCCUUCGGGGCUUGCGGCUUCGGGUUCCUUGUUGGAGGGAAUUAGCCGUGCGGAUCAGAUCACGAAUACUUCGACAUAUGCGAAUGGUAGUUCAAAGGCCUAUCCGACGGCACCUUCCGCAGACCUCAACAGCAUUGUUUUCAAUGUUGGGUAUAGCAUGAUCCAAAUCGCCGUCGGCAUUACUGUGGAGGACGAUGCGAAGAGUCAGGAGAGAGAUGAGAGUUACUUUGGGUCUGUGUUUGUACUUAGCAGAAAAGAUGACGGUACGGGGACAAGGAGUCGUUUGUAUGAAUUCUGUACCUGGCAACAGGACGAUGAUACAGCUAUCUGGCCUAUCUACACAAAUUAA